CUUCCUUGAGCCGGAAGAGGAAAUGGUGCUCCAGCGUUCAUGGCCGCGCUCCUAGCAACGUAGGGACCGGUGCAGCGAAAGAGGUGGUCGCGGAGGGUUUCUCUCCGGUUCCGAGGGAUGCUCUCCGGUUCCGAGGGAUGGCGGAGAAGUUCGACUCCCUGGAGGAGCACCUGGAAAAGUUCGUGGAAAACAUCCGGCAGCUGGGCAUCAUUGUCAGCGACUUCCAGCCUAGUAGCCAAGCGGGACUCAGCCAGAAAUUGAAUUUUAUGGUUACAGGCUUGCAAGAUAUUGACAAGUGCCGACAACAGCUUCAUGAUAUCAGCGUGCCUUUGGAAGUCUUUGAAUACAUAGAUCAAGGUCGUAAUCCCCAACUAUAUACUAAAGAAUGUUUGGAAAGAGCUUUAGCUAAAAAUGAACAAGUGAAAGGUAAAAUUGAUACCAUGAAGAAAUUCAAAAGUCUGUUGAUUCAGGAACUGACUAAAGUGUUCCCAGAAGACAUGGCUAAGUACAAAGCUAUUCGGAGUGAAGAUCCUUCUCCAUAAUUACAUUUUCUUUUGUCCUGCUCUCCCUUCCAGACUCUGGUGAUAAGUUUGUAUGAUGAUAAUUGACAGCUUGAGGAAUGAAAAUGUGUUCAGCUGAAAUGCUGAUUAAAUAUUGUAUCUCUUGGCCUGGUUGGAAGGUGAUUCUUUUGUGCUACAUCUGCAGUCUUUAAGACUUUUUAGGAGAUCCAAAAAGAAGCCAGAAAUUCAAAAAAUCUUCUCUUUAAUGUGACAUGAAGCCUGUCUAUGAACUGAAAGCUAUCUCCUUUGCAUCUUGUAAAUACUACACGAAGUAAGGUGGCUCAGGACUGUGGUUGUAAAUUUGCAACUUACACAAAGUGAGGUAGUAGUAUAAAUGUGCCAUUAUUUCCUUUGAUUUCUAAAAUAUUCUUUUGAAUAAUUAGUUUCUAGUGUGACCUCUUUUUGCUAUGUUUUGAUC